UCUGAGUUUCUGACACUAUAAACUCGUUUCUUUGUCUUCCUCUAUAUAUACACGGGCUUCUCUCAUUUCUCUCGCAAACUUAGAUAUCAUCGACAUGGCAGUUUCCGUGUCUUUGUUCAGAGCAAACUUACCUUCCUGCACUUCAUUUCUUAAGCCUACAAGAACCGACCGGAGUUUCAGAACACGGUUAGAGGUGAAAGCAGGUGGUGAUAGCUCGGAUGUUGAAGAAGACAAGAUGGUAAUAAAAAAAGAGAAGGAUGGAUGGAAAAUUGACUUCUCCGCUGGGAAACCAGCGACUCCAUUGUUGGACACCAUUAACUACCCAGCUCACAUGAAGAAUCUAUCCACAGAGGAUCUGGAACAACUAGCAGCAGAGCUGAGAGCAGAUAUUGUGUAUAGUGUGGCGGAGACAGGCGGGCAUCUUAGUGCGAGCUUAGGCGUGGUGGAGCUAGCGAUAGCUUUGCACCAUGUGUUCAACACCCCUGAAGAUAAAAUCAUAUGGGAUGUUGGCCAUCAGGCCUAUCCACACAAAAUUCUAACAGGAAGAAGAUCUAGGAUGCACACAUUAAGGAAAACUUCAGGCUUGGCAGGUUUUCCGAAGAGGGACGAGAGCAUUCAUGAUGCAUUUGGUGCAGGGCAUAGCUCUACUAGCAUCUCUGCGGGUCUUGGUAUGGCAGUUGCAAGAGACCUUCUGGGGAAAAACAAUAACGUUAUCUCUGUGAUUGGAGACGGAGCCAUGACUGCAGGACAAGCCUACGAGGCCAUGAACAAUGCAGGAUUCCUCGAUUCCAACUUGAUUGUUGUACUGAAUGACAAUAAACAAGUAUCUUUACCAACUGCUACUCUUGAUGGCCCCGCAACUCCAGUUGGCGCCCUUAGCAGUGCCUUAACCAAGCUGCAAGCCAGUACCAACUUCCGCAAACUUCGUGAAGCUGCAAAAAGCAUUACAAGGCAGAUUGGCAAGCAAGCACAUGAAGUAGCAGCCAAGGUAGAUGAAUAUGCACGAGGAAUGAUCGGUGCUCCUGGUUCUGUUCUCUUUGAGGAGCUAGGGUUAUAUUAUAUCGGUCCAGUUGAUGGGCACAACGUUGAAGAUUUAGUCACAAUUUUCCAAAAAGUGAAAGAGAUACCCGCCCCAGGGCCCGUCCUAAUCCAUGUCGUGACCGAGAAGGGGAAGGGCUAUCCUCCAGCUGAGGCAGCAGCUGAUAAAAUGCAUGGAGUUGUCAAGUUUGAUCCAGAAACAGGGAAGCAAUUUAAGUCUAAAUCCCCUACACUUACAUAUACACAAUACUUUGCUGAAUCUCUGAUAAAGGAAGCUGAGGUAGAUGAUAAAAUUGUAGCCAUUCAUGCAGCAAUGGGUGGUGGUACAGGUCUCAAUUAUUUCCAGAAGAGGUUUCCAGAUCGAUGCUUUGAUGUGGGGAUUGCUGAGCAGCAUGCUGUAACCUUUGCAGCAGGUCUAGCCACAGAGGGUCUCAAACCAUUCUGUGCCAUCUAUUCAUCAUUCCUGCAACGAGGCUAUGAUCAGGUGGUACACGAUGUAGAUCUUCAAAAACUACCUGUUCGAUUUGCAAUGGACCGAGCUGGAUUGGUUGGUGCUGAUGGACCCACCCACUGUGGAGCAUUUGACAUCACAUAUAUGGCUUGCUUGCCAAACAUGGUGGUCAUGGCUCCCUCAGACGAGGCUGAGCUUAUG